GACGAUCCUAUAAUCAUGUCCUCUGGGGAUCAUAAGGUGAAAAUUGGCAUUGUAGGAGGUUCUGGAUUAUCAAAUCCAGAACUCUUGAAGAAUGGCAAGGAGGUAUCCAUGGAUACACCUUUCGGAAAGCCUUCCGAUGUCUUGAUCACAGGUGAAAUAGAAGGAGUUCCAUGUGUUCUUCUCUCCAGACAUGGACGUGGAAACAGAAUCAACCCCACCAAUGUGAACUACCGUGCCAACAUCUGGGCCCUUCAACAGGCGGGCUGUACCCACCUCCUGGUAACCACUGCAUGUGGCUCCCUACAGGGCAACAUACACCCAAUAGACAUCGUGGUUAUUGACCAGUUCAUUGACAGAACACAGAAGCGAAAUCAGACAUUUUUUGAUGGUGAGCCAUCUUCACUCCCAGGGCUCUGUCACCUACCAAUGGCGGAACCGUUCUGCCCCAGGACAAGAAAGAUUUUAUAUGACUGUGCUAAAGACCUGGGCAUAUCCUGCCACGAGAAGGGGACCAUGUUAACUAUAGAGGGCCCACGCUUCUCCUCCCGGGCGGAGAGCAAGCUCUGGCAUUCCUGGGGAGCACAUUGUAUCAACAUGACAACAGUACCCGAGGUGAUCCUGGCCAAGGAGUUAGGAUUGUGUUACGGAGCGCUGGCGCUGGUGACGGAUUACGACAGCUGGAGGGAAGGGGAGGAAGCUGUGAAUGUGGAAAAUGUGACGAAAACAUUUAAAACCAAUGCUACCAACGCUACAGCAGUGAUCCUGAAAGCCAUUCCACUCAUCGCUAAGCAGAACUGGACAGAAACUCGGGAGCAAAACAAGAAAUUUGUCCAGAUGAACACGGUGCUGCCACAUAGCUAUUAG